CCCGAGUUCAUUAGAGUCUCAAUGAAUCAGAGCAAAUAUGUGACUUGUUGUUCAAAAGCUGCUCAUUUCCUUCCAGUUUCUCGUUGAUUUUAUGUCCUGAUGUAGCUUUGGGUCCAGGCUGGUGGGAUUAGGCUCUGUAGCCCCCAGUGGCCCCUGAAAGCAGAGCCUCAGGUCUAAAACUGGAGCUGGUUUUGGUUUUCAGAGCCUCGUCUCUGAAUAGACGGAGAGAAGAACCUUCUGUCUGAGCUCACAGGAGAACGGCUUACAUGUUUGACCCUCGGCUGGGGGUGUCAGGCUCUUGGCUGCCCUGAACCCUGCAUGAGAGGGACGGGGCAGCUCAGGUUCACUCCUCGCAACAUACAGGAGAUAUUUUGGCUCAGAGGAGAAAAACUGGCUUGUUUUGUGUUUCGUUCUGGCAGUCUAGAGUCUGUUUGAGUGAGAUUUGCUGCAGAUACACGACGGGUGACCCGAGCUAUGGUGCGUGUCUGAUUCAGUGAGUCGUUUUGUUUUUCUAAAGAUCACGCCAGGCAGCAAGGCGGCCCACGGUAACCUGAUCCAGGGUGAUGUCAUUGUCGCCAUCGACGGCCUCAGCACGGAGGGCAUGACACACCUGGAGGCCCAGAACAGAAUCAAGAUGGCCAAUCACAACUUGGCUCUCUCCAUGUCCAAGUCCAAGCGUCCCAUGCCGAGAAUGGAUGCUGCCAUUCCCGUGAUUCCACACCAGCAGGUCUUCUCCCCAGCUGCUCCCAACGCCAGCUUCAACCCCAGCAUGCUGAUGGACUCCGCCCUCACCACCCAUAAACCCAUAGAGGUGAAAGGUCCCGGUGGGAAGGCCACCAUCAUCCACGCGCAGUACAACACCCCCAUCAGCAUGUACUCACAGGACUCAAUUAUGGACACCAUCGCGGGCCAGUCUCAGGCCAAAGGUCAUGACCCCAGUCCAGUUCCAGGUAAAGACCGGCUGGUGGACAGCGCCUCUCCAGUCUACCAGGCUGUCCAGGAGGCAGAGAAGGACCAGGAAGUGGUGGAGUGGGGCCGCCGCAGCACCAGCUCUCAGUCCAAGUCCUUCCAGAUCCUGGCCCACAUGACCCAGAGCGAGUCCUCUCUUCUGCAGCAGCAAGAGGAGGAGAUGAGGAGGAGCAGCCAGUACGGACUACAUCCGCCCAUGCACCAGGCUCCACCCAUGCACCAGGCUCCACCCAUGCACCAGGCUCCACCCAUGCACCAGGCUCCACCCAUGCACCAGGUCCCGCCCAUGCACCAGAUCCCGCCCAUGCACCAGGCUCCACCCAUGCAUCAGGCUCCACCACCACAACCCUAUCAGCAAAUUCCACCUCAGUACCAACAGUCACCCACACAUCAAGCCCCACCCACUCAGCAGAGUUCCAUCCAGAUUCCACUUGGUUCUGGACCCCCGAAGGUUGUAAGCACCGCCUGCAUCUACCCCACCCAACCAGGUCCAGCUCCUGGCUCAGCUCCAGUCCUGGCCCAGCCCCAGCCCCACCCCCCUAUCUCUGCUCCAGCUCCACCCAUAGGUGGUCCCUCCUCUUCCAACAGACCCCCCUGGGUAACUGACACAAAUUUUGCUGAUAAAUUUGACCCCGGUAAGACCACCACCACCUCCAUGAAAGUGCAGCCACUGCCCCAAGCAGCCCCUCCCCCACCAACAUACAUCCCCAACCCCUCCUCCGCAGUCCCAGCCCCAUCCACUCCAAACCCCACCCCAAUACCAUCCAGCCCUGCACCUUUCCCUCCUGUGGCUAGGGGUGUGGCUCAAAGGGCAGAGAGAUUCGCCGCCAGCAGCCGCACACCGCUGUGUGGCGCGUGCAACAGCAUCAUCAGGGGCCCCUUCCUGGUGGCCCUCGGUCGCUCCUGGCACCCCGAGGAGUUCAACUGCCACUACUGCCAUGUUUCUCUGGCGGAUGUCAGCUUUGUGGAGGAGCAGAAUAAUGUUUACUGUGAGAACUGCUAUGAGGAGUUCUUUGCUCCAACCUGCGCUCGCUGCAACACCAAGAUCAUGGGGGAAGUGAUGCACGCCCUACGACAGACGUGGCACACCACCUGCUUCGUGUGUGCAGCCUGUGGUAAAGCCUUUGGGAACAGUCUCUUCCACAUGGAGGACGGGGAGCCGUACUGUGAGAAAGACUACAUCGCUCUCUUCAGCACCAAGUGUCACGGCUGCGACUUCCCGGUGGAAGCUGGAGAUAAGUUCAUCGAGGCUCUGGGUCACACCUGGCAUGAUACCUGCUUCGUGUGCGCGGUCUGUCACGUGAACCUGGAGGGUCAGCCGUUCUACUCCAAGAAGGACAAACCUCUGUGCAAGAAGCACGCUCACGCCAUCAACGUGUAGAAGCUCGCUGCAGAUCCACGACACCAGCUUUUCCAGGAGUGUGUGAAACAUCCAAACACACCUUGAUGUUAGUGCAUUAAAACUAAUGAACUCAAACAACCAGCUGAACUGUGAUCCGUUCGUCUCGGAACAACUUGGGUGCGUUAAAAAAAAUCACUUUAAUGUUAUAAAGAUUAAAGCAAAAAGGUGUUGAAUAUUUAAAUUUGAUAUAUUUAAAAAACACAAAUUUGAAGUUUUACCAGUUUAAGUGCCAUUUUACUAUUUAUUUAAGAUAGUUUUAAUAUUUUUUGCUGUUUUGAAAUCACAAUUUCAUUUCAGUUUAGUUUUUAUUAACUGACAUUAAAAUGAUCAAAAUGAAAGUGUGAAGCUGUUUGGAGACUAAUUGAGCUGCAGAUGUUUGACUUGUUGUUUAGGAUAAAUGUGAGAACAUUUAAGGGUUGUCCUGCUCUGCAGCACAGAAACAGCAGCAGAUCCAAACUUGAAGCUUUACUUUUGCAUCUAAAGAAACAAUCAAGACAGAAACUUGAUUCUGGUGCAGGUUUAAACCGGCACUACCGGGCCUUGACUGGGCCGAGUCUGACCCGUUAGAAACAUGCCAGGUUCACCUGAGCAGGUAAAGACACGAGGAACAAGGUUAGCUGCUCCAGUCGUCCUCAGAACAGAGUUCCUGUAAGAAGUUGUUGUAAAUGUCAGUCUUCAUUACGGGUAAAAACAAAGCACGGCUGCCUGGAUACACGGCCACAGCUGUCACAGAGACACGAGUGCUAUAAAAAACUAGACUCACAAACACCAGAGAGACAUGAAAGCAGAGAAUUAUACUAGGAGACAAGACAACCGUACGUAUGGAGAGACAGAAACCAAAACUUCACCGUUGCUGUUUGGAGGACGUUAGUUAACGCACAGCUCAGGUGAGGCACUGAAGAUGCUGGAAAUGAUGAUGAUGAUGAGUUAAUUCAUGUAAAGGGGCCAUAUCAUGGAAAAUCCACUUUUUGGAGCUUUUCACCCCAACCCUGUUUUUGGUUGUUUCCGCUGAAAGUUUUCAGAUUCUGAGGUGAGGACCUGCAGACAGGAUGGAAACUAGGUGUGUCAUCAGGCCUUUGUCCUCCCCCUGAAGCUAGUCUCGAAUCUGAAACCCGCCUCCCCUGGAAGAAGGUCACUAACGCCCACUUUCUCAGAGAUGCGGGCCUUCAUGUCACAGAUGGCUGCUUUGAACCUCCACCGGCACCAGAGUGGAUGUUCUGCCAAAUAGCUUCAGCAUUUGGGACAAAACACCACCAUGACCAUGAGUCCUGUCCACAAAGACACACACAGGACCAGCACAGGAUAUGUGUGUUGGCGACUAUUAUCUGUGACAGGUUGGUAGUCCAGUGGUUAGAGUAACUGGCUGGCAUGCUGUUUUACACCAGUUCAUAUCCUGCUCUCAGCAGAGACUUUGUUACUUCUUUUUUAGCUGCACUUGCAGUUUUCAACCAUUUAUUGGUAAACAGUUUAAAAAGUAGGGCCUAAUCAGUUUUUUUAUUUAUCUAGUCAGUGUGAGGCCAUGUGAGGUGAACUGAGUGAUCAACUAUAAGCUGCUUGGAAAAGACCAAACUCCAAAUCUUUAGCGACACAAAAUAUUUAGCAGAAAUAAUCAAUACAACUAAAAUAAAAAAAACAUCAAUUUUGCUAGUGUCUGAGUUAUGAAGUCAAUACAACCAUGCCAUGCACUAACCCUGGAAGCAUCAGCGGAGCGGAAUGUCUCUGCUUCAAAUAUAAUCAGUUAUAGUCUAUGAAUUGUCUCAAACCAGUCGCGACACAGCAAUUUUCAGACAUGUCCCAGUAGCGGCCCACCGUGCCGUGCUGCACCGUGCCGCUGAGAGUAGGAUCGGGUUCUAUUUUUGCUGUAAACCGCUUCUCGGACACUUCAAUUUCCGCAGUUAACAUAGGGAGCCUAAGUCCCCCCCCCCCCCCCCCCCCUUUCCGGUCGGCUCAUGAAUCCCCGGAAGAAUGAAAAAAUUAAUGCAAGUCAAUGGGGCUAAAAGAGCUAUUUUCUGAUCUGAUGCCUUAGGCCUAGCCUGACCAGCCAGCCUCAGGCUCCCUUAUGGGAAACAUUGGGUCUGAUAACUCUUCUAUUCAAAUAACCCCACCCCCUGAGAAUUCUAACCGAGCCAAUCAGCGCCGAGCAGCAUAUGUCACACACCGCAACGCUGAGUUUCUCAUAAACAAUGAAGACGCCGUCUGGAGUGGAGUUUGCUACGGCUCUUUCCUCUGAUCUAAAUGACUUCGACACGUCUUUAAAACAACAAGUAGGAGCUCUAAAAGCCUUUCUUCUUAAGAAAGAUAUUUGCACCGUCGCUAUUUUUGACUACAGCUAAAAAAUUCCAGCGUCGUGCGGUACAGUCGGCAUGUCUGCCUUUUUCCUGAUUGGUUAUUUUUGAGCUGGCUGGUCCCACCCCUCAUUGGCCUCUCUGCCUGUGAGGAACCAGACUCUUUGUCUGUGCAGACAGAAGACGAGUCUGGCAGGCCAGGCUACUUUACGCCCAGGAUUGCACUGCAAUUUAUCGUUGUACUGCAACUGAAAUAAAAACUAAUGAUAGGUGUUUCGACCAUGCCAGUCAUGUACUUUGAGUUUUAUUAGCUUGUAAAGGUUUGUGAUUAGCAUGACUACAAACCAGAAACUGGCACGUUGCAUAUGUGACAUCACCACAUAAUCUCUCCCCUAGCGUAGCUGCUACUUACCACAUGGCCAGAUUUAUGGUGGUUCUUUCCUCCUGAAGAAAGAAUUUGAAGUUUGCUGAAUUUACAGCCAUUUCCCCUCUUUUUCUAAGUGUCUGGUUCGAUGAUGUCACUUUCGUGAAGCGUAUUUGUAGUCCUGGACUUAUUUUCAAACUAAACCUAAAAUGAUGUUUCUCCCCGUUCGAAAAUAAAUGCGUUCUUGGUAUCAAAAUGCAUCUUUUAAAUUCACAUACAUCAUAUGUGAAAUCCACGGUUCAUAACAAGCGGAAUCAGAAAAUAGUGUUUUUAGCCCCGUUGAUUUGCAUUCAUUUUUUUGUUCUUCCAGGGACCCGUGGUGCAGAAGUAGAUGGCCAUGAUUUAGGCUUCCUUUAGGGCUAGACAGGAACUCACACACUGUUUCAGUGCAAAAUCCCUGGUAAUUUUCAAAAUAAAAGUGCUGCAGUGGUGCAAUUUCAUAUAUAUGAAGCUUACAUGUGACCCAACGGCUUAUUUACUUACAUCAUCCCUCCAGAAGUGAGCGGUGUGUUUUUCAUGGCUUUAAUCCUGGCGGUGGAGAGGAGCAACAUCAUUUUUGACCUCAAACAGCUGUAUCAAAUGUAAUUUCCUUCUUUUUGGUUUAUAGGGCGGAUUGCGCCAAGACUCCCCCGGCGUGAAAUUAAGCGUUUUGAAGUUCGCGAGUAAGCCGUUCCAUGUCACUGAUGCUUCCAGUGUUGGGGGUUAGGUCAUCGCAGCAAGACUUUCUAGUCGUUCCGCGUGUGAAAUUCUCAACUAGAAGAGGCAGGGCUUUCUCGGUUUUGGUCCCUAGGCUGUGGAAUGGCCUUCCAGUCGUGGUCAGACAAGCAGCCUCGCUGCCAGUUUUUAAGGGUCUGAUCAAGACUCACUUCUAUACUGUGGCGUUCCCUCAGAACGUGAGUUAGCCUUACUUUUAGAUAAUUUAGCUAAAAGCCUUUUACAGUGAUCCCUCGUUUAUCGCGGUAGAUGCGUUCCAGACCUGGCCACGAUAAGUGAAAAUCCGCGAAGUAGGGACACCAUAUUUACAGUACAGUACUAUAUUGACUGUGGGUAAAACUCAAGAAAAAAAAUUUUACUUGUUUUUUUUUACAGUUUUAUUACAAAAAGUGCAUUUUAUCAUGAAAUUGAUGAAAAAAACAGGAAUUUCUUGAUAUUUCGCAUAGAAAAAUACCGCGAAUCGGUGAAAAAUAACGCGAAUCGGCAAAUUUCCCUUGAAUGAGGCUCCAAAGAAAAAAUCCGCGAAGUCGUGAAUCCGCGAUAAACGAACCGCGAAGUAGCAAGGGAUCACUGUACUUUUAUCUCCUGGUCUUUUCUGUUUAAAUGUAUAUUUUUGGCCCUUGAAUGGGUCAGUGAUGGUUUAAAUUCCUUUAUGCAUGUACAGCGCUUUAGUCCGCUUCCUGACUGAUGGAAAGCUCUUUAUAAACCAAGACGAUGAUGAUGAUGAUGCUCUAGUGACUGCUGACACCACCGAGAGUCGAUGCGGCAUCAGGACAUGGCAAAAGAAGGUGAAAGGUCGGAGCUUUAACUGCUGGACUACCAAUGCCAACACAAAGAUCCUAAGACACUGUUGUGGAUGGGUUUUGUCGGACUGGACGUGAGCAGAGCCCCGGGGCUGUUUGCAAACAUACGUUCUACUCUUUUGAUGCUUUGCGAGUUAUGUUAACAGGUGAAGCUCGGACCGCUGGAGGUGGGGUAGACUGAAACAGAUGGUUUCAUUUCUGGGUACAAAGACAGGCUGACGAAAGUAACUCAUGUUUAAGGUAAAAUUACAUCUCAAUAGUGCCAAUGGUAAGAUUUUAUCUACAUUAGCUCUCAAAGAGUUAAAUAGCAUGAUCUGGCUCCUUUAAUGAUCCACCAGAUAGAAUCCUAGAAGCCUUUAGUUUUAUUUUUUCUGACUUCACAGAGUUUCUUGUGAGUGCUGAUGUUUUCUAACAUCUGGAAAUGUUCUGAAGCCUUACUGCUUGACUGUUUAUGUUUCUGUUCACACUGCUGCGCCUCAGACAGCUUUGAUACAGGAAGUGAUGUCGGCCUGAGCAGGAAACAGUACAUUUUUUAAAACAAGACUUUAUUAAACAGAGGCUAUGCUGUUGAGUUUGAGGUCUGGAAAAUGAUACAGCACUUCCAGAACAAAGCUGAAUUUUGUGUUUGGUCCAGAAAAAAAACGUUCUCUGUCACUAGUUUUAGGAAAGCUGAAGUCUGGAAGAAAUGACCAAAGUCCUCUAAAAGAUCACUGAAGAAACCAGCUGUAGAGGGUUAGACUCCUGGUCCUCCUGGGAGGAGACUCGGAGACAAACCCGGGACUCGAUGGAAAGAUUAUAUUUCAGAGCUGGCUGAGGUACACGGAGUGGAUGGAGGCCCAGUAGGAUGGAGGGAUGAUGUCACUGCUCUUUGAAACACAGAAGCUGAUUUAGCAGCAUCUAGUGGUCAGUGGAGGAAUGACACCUGCACCAGCAGGUGGAGACGUCUUCCUGCUUUGCUCUGGGCUAAUGAACAGAAGGGUUUGUUUUUGGUGAAGGAACAGGAACAGCUCCAGGUGUCUGAAUUGAGUCCAACACCCUAAGUUUCUAACAGCAUUGUAGUUGUGUGUGAACUGAGGACCUGGAGCUCUGCAGUGUGAACAGAACCUGAGAUAUCCCGACUAUGAUGGAUUAUUUUGGUUUUAAAUGUUUUUUAGAUCCACUUAAUCAGGUUUCUGUGAUGUUUCUGCAGCGAUCGGUGCCUGGCACAUGCUUUGUGUACAGUUUUUACUCUGUUCUGUCAUUUUAUACUGUUUCUUUUCUUGAGUGUGAAUGUGUGCAUGCAGACGGGUUUGUGGCAGCAUGUCAGUUUGUGUCACUGCUUCAUAACGGGGAGCGUUAACCCACAGGAAGGUGAGGAGCAGCAGGACAGACGGAGAUUGUUGGAGUUAUGAUCAAAAUGCUGCUUCAUUACGUUUGUUUUGUGGGUUUUGAAGUAUUUGUAUUGCAGGUUGAAUAAAAUGAGCACCUCAAACACUUGAAA